AUCUAGACUACCUUGGGUAGACAUGGAGACCAAGACGUGCCGUGUGAUCCCCCGGACACGCCCCGCCUCCGUAGACGUUGAAUUUUUAGGGGCGCUUCCGGGGCACUGGCUCGGGCCGGGUGCUAAGAGCGCCGGAAGCGUGGGCCCGAGCCCCCACGAUUUCCCUGCAAAUCAAAGUCCCCGCGUUCGGCACCGCGCUUUUCUCCUGCCAACUCGAACACACCUGUUUCCCACCGACAUACGGCAUUGGCUGGCUCUGCUCUGCUGCUCCCUCCGUUCCUUGUGGAUAAAGUAUUUCUUCCGACCAAGUCUAUGGGCCCCGCCCGUUCCGAAGCCCCAGGAAAAUGGAGUUCUCCGUCGAGGAACGCGCUCCCCUAGCCACCAACACCAACCCCGUCUCCGGUGGUGCUACCGCUUCCGGCCCUCCGCCUCCCCCAGCCAGUGACACCGGCGCCGAUGCCGGGAGUGAGGCUCCGGCCAAUCCCCGCAAGAGGAAGAAGGCCUCUCGUGCUUGUGACUUCUGCCAUGUCAACCAUCAGCCAUGUGACAAUGGCAAGCCAAAAUGCAGUGUCUGUACCAAACAUAACAAGCCAUGUUUAUAUCUCCGUCCAACCAAGAGACGUGGUCCCCAAAAAGGCUACCGCACUGCUCUCAACACCUACAAGGAGAGUGCCGCCGCAUGGGGAGCUGUACUGGACGCCAUCCCUGGACUUGACGCCUUGAUAGAAGGCCAUCUACGAGGAGCCGCCGGGAAGAGCAUGAUAACCGCUAUCAAAGAUUCCAAUCAGCAGGAAGCCUUGAUCAGCAAGUGGCAGCAGAGCUCAGUCUUCAAAGCCUUCUUUGGUCACAACGGCCCAGCACUCACUCCACCCACAGAGAACAACAACAACAACAACAACAACCAGACCAUAUUAGAUUCCAAAAACAACAUUCUACCAUCACAAGAAGUCGACGAAGAAGACGCACCAGAAGAACCACCCGCCCGGCCACCACCAGCAAAGAGAGCCACACUCCAACCACCCGCCCCAAGAAGCCAAUCAGCAUCAAGCUACGUGGUACCAGAACAACCAAGAACUCCAAUACAAUUCCCCCAACUGGGCUCUCCUUUCCAACCAAAAGAUUCCGCCAGCUUAUCAGACAUUGUAGCAAAAGAUGCUGCCCAGGCAGCCAUGAGGACCUCACAAACCCUCGCCUCUCUAGGCUUCGCCCCAGACGAAACAAUAGCAGAUUUCUACAGCAUGGGCUCCAACCCAGAACCAAUAGCCGACUCCAACGACCCAGACUUUGACCCGUCGCUCGGCAGCGAGUCGGAGCAGAGGGCUUAUUACGAGUUGCUGAUGGGGAGGAUGUUUCCUGGGUGAUGUCUUCUUUUGCUCGAAAGGCUAUGAAGUCAAUUGUAUUAUAUUUAUUAUAUUACCAAGCAUUAUGUGUUGAUAUAUAUGAAGGAUGAGAAAGUGGCUGACGAUCUCAACUGGGUGAAAUUUGGAGGGUUGUGGGAGAUGUAAAGUUCUGUACAAGAUGAGAAAUUUGAUACCCGCCUUUUUGUGCAACCGAAUCUGCAUAUCAAGUUAGACGGUGUACCUAUUCUAGCAAUGACCCAGGACCGAGAUAUUCUUGCAAACCCAUCUCACUAAAAUCCCAGGAAACAUGAUGAUGCUUUCUUUAUCCGC